AAUCCCACGCGAAGAAGAAGACUAUCUAUCUGUGCCUGUCUUGAAGUGAUUCGUUUUAAUAGCAUCUCUCUUCUUCUACUGCACCUAUUCCCUUUCCUUCCCUUUCCUUUCACCACAUAUAUAUAUAACACACAAACAACAGCCCAAUAGCAAACAAAAGCAAAGCAUAUAUAGCACCCACAACACCAAAAAGAAAAGGAAAGUAGGUUAAAAAACAAAGGGCUAUGGUGGAUUUGUUUUGUGGUGGCCUCCCCUUUCAACAAUUAUAAUUCCCAUUCAUUUGAUUCUCUCUCUUUCUCUUUAUAUUCCUAAGAAUAAUGAGGAGAGGAGGAGAAGAAUAGUUUUGUACUAGUACCUGUCUCUCUGUCUCUUUCUUUCUUUUUUUUUUUUUUUGGUUGGGUUGAGGGGUUGGGUGGGGAGAGGGUGUCAUUGAAGAGUCCGCCUUGGCUUGGGGCAUCAUCUCAUCAUCUUUUCAUGCUUCUUAUGUGUUUGGUUAUUGCUGCCUUUCACAUUGCUCCAUAACUCCUGUUUUACCCAUACUCUCCUCUCUCUUUAUCUUCCCCUUUUUUAUCUUCUUCUUCUUAAUUUCUCUCUAUUAAUUCUCAGUCACUUACUCUUUCAUCCCUCUCUUCCUUGCUCUCUAUUAUAUCUUUCUUUAUAUCUUUCCAUGGCUGUUCAAGCUCAAUACCCUUCAAAUGUCCUCCUUCUAAACAGAAACGGCCAAGAGGGUCAUGAUUAUUCAUUGCAACCGCAACCAGGACGAUUUCUUGAUCAAUCCCAUAUGCUAUUCUCCAAUGGAGGGACUAAUAAUCCACGAAAGAGAGGAAGAGAAGCGGCAGCAGCUGCAACGGCGGCGACAAUUACAACCACCACUAUUGGUGCCAUCACAACAACACCAACAACAAUCCAUCCCUUCUCUAUCCAAUCUCAACCUCCUCAGUUAAUAGACCUCUCUCAACUCCACAACCACCACCACCCAUCUCAACCAAAUGUUGUCUCCACCGGCCUCCGGUUAUCCUUCGAUGACCAGCAACAACAAAUUCAACAAAAUCACCACUACCAGAAUCAGCAACAACAGAGUUUUGUAUCCCAAUCUUCUCCUUUCUUAUCCUUAUUAUCAGAAGAUUUUGCCACCGAAAUUAAACGCCAGAGAGACGAGAUUGAUCAAUUCCUUCAAGCCCAGGGAGAGCAAUUGAGGCGCACAUUAGCCGAUAAGAGGCAGAGGCACUAUCAUGCGCUGCUGAGCACAGUGGAAGAAUCAAUAGCCAAGCGACUGAAGGAGAAAGAAGCCGAAGUCGAAAAGGCCACUCGACGAAACGCCGAAUUAGAGGCACGCGCCACCCAACUCAAUGUGGAAGCACAGGUUUGGCAGGCAAAAGCUAGAGCACAAGAGGCUACGGCCGCGUCUCUGCAGGCGCAGCUGCAACACGCAAUAAUGACCGGAGGAGUGCCGGCGUAUGAUAACAGGAGAGGAGAAGACGGCGGGCUAGGAUGCUCCGGGGGAGCAGAAGGGCAAGCUGAGGAUGCGGAGUCCGCUUACGUUGAUCCGGACAGAGUGAUGGUAACAGCGGGUCCAAGUUGCAAAGGGUGCCGGAGACGGGCGGCGACGGUGGUGGUGCUGCCGUGUCGGCAUCUGUGUCUCUGUACAGAAUGUGACCAAGUGGCGCAAGCUUGUCCACUUUGCCUCCAAGUAAGAAAUUCCAGUGUUGAGGUUUUUCUGUAUUAGAGCCCAAUCUGAAUUCGGUAGACCCGGGCCCAUUAAGAAGCCCAGCCCAUAUGGGAUUGAAAGAUUUUAGAAGUAAAGAAAAAAAAACAAGGAAAAUUAAAUAAAAAUAAUACUGAAAGGCUUUUUUAUUUUUUAUUUUUUAAAUCCUUUUUGGUUCCCCCUCUUAGAGUAAAAUACCUAGAGGUAAUGUACAUGGCCAUAUGGGUAUUGGCAAUUUUUUUUUCAAAAUUUAAUUCAUAUAUAAAUUCUUUUAUUUUAUAAAUUAUUUAUUUUGUUUUUA